AUGUUUGACGAACCCAUCUUCAACACAUACAUAACCGACCAAGUGGUGUCCAGAAAACCAUCUGUGGUGUCUCUGGAAGACGUAGAUGCUUCAGAACCACAAACUAUCAUUCCUUCUGGCGCCCUGUGCUGGUCUUCUCCCCCUUCAUCGCAUGCCAUGCUUCCUUCUAAUCUGUACACGCCUGAUAAUGCAUCUGCAUCAUCGAGUGCUUCUGAUCAGGGAAGUUAUUUUUCUUCUGUUCUAUCGUCCGGCUCGGCUUCUUUCUACUCUCCCGAUAGCCCAAAUAUGGUGUCACCUGCUUUGGGCACCGACGAGGCAAUGUACGGUUGGUUCUUACCAGGGCAACCGGCUAAUGAUGUGCAAAUGGACUUAUCUCUAGCAAUGGGUUCGAAUGCUGCUGCUGCUGCUGCCGCUGCUGCUGCUGCUCAUGCUUCUGCAAUGGCCGCUGUCAGUGCUGCUGCCGCUGCAAAUGCAUAUCCUGGACCCACUAUCGACACUCAAUCUAUUAGUACCAGCUCGUCGGCCACCUCGCUCAAUAGUUUGAUGCCUGCUGCUCCAGUGGUGGACUCGAUUUACUCCAAUGCCACGAUCUGGUCGCCUUCUCCUAUCCUCUCGCAAUUUGCUUCUCAACUCAAUUCGUCCCAUGACAUGACUCCUGCUGCUACUAUUCCCAAUUCAUAUGCUCAAAACCUUCCUGCUACUCCUGAAGAUGACACUGAUGAUGAGUCGACUGUGAACCCCGACUCUCGAAGUGCUGCUGCCGUGGCCGCUGCUGCCGUAGUUGCAUCUGCUUCCACUUAUAAUCCGUCUGCUCCUUUUGUCUCGUUAAACCAGUCUCAUGAUCUGCCAAUGUCGGCAGGUGCUGAUGCCUCGCAACAACACCCACUACAGCAACAACACCAUCACCAUCAUCAACAACUACAGUCUAUUUCACUGGCAAUGAUUCAACAGAUGGAUACUACUGGAGCUAUGACACCUCCUGGAUCAUCUGUUGUUGCAGCAGCUGCUGCUGGUCAUUCAAUGCCCAUGUCACCUCCAUCUCCACACUCGUCGGCCUCACCACCAUCACCUCUGUCUCCUCAACAAACAAGAGAAAGACAAAAUGAGAUUAUUAAGAAGAUGAGUUAUACUAAAUGGGUCAAGCUGUCAAGAAUGACUGAACAACGAAUUGCCAAAAUCAAAAGUCUUGCUACCGAAAAGGGUAUUGACAUUGAGACGGUCGAGUCGGUGCUGACCAUCUACUCGAGCACCAAGGGCAAACAAGACAAUGAAGUUAAUAGAUUUAGAGGCGAUGAUGUCUACAUCAAAAUCACCAUGGGCAGCGGCGCCUUUGUGGCCAAUAACGACGACUCGGCCGACGUGACGGCCGGGCCCGAUGGAACCAUCAUCAAAAAGAAGAAACAUAGAAAGCAAAAGCCCCACUAUGUCAAGCGACCUCUCAACUCGUUCAUGCUGUACCGCAAGUCGCAAACCCAGUCGGCCAUGGCUUAUGCUGUCAGCUCGCAACUAAGGCUCAAUCACCAGAACAUUUCCCAGAUAAUCGGGCUCAUGUGGCAGACCGAGUCCAAGGAGCUGAAGGAAGAGUUUGCGCGAAUCGCCGACCAGGAAAAGGACCUCCACCGAGCCCUUCACCCCGACUACAAAUUCUGUCCUCAAAAGAAGAAAAGAUCUUCCUCGAUAGAAUAA